AUGACCAUGACCAUGAUCGGGAAAACUACCAUGUACAUGACGAAAAUGGUAGUCCACCCGCCGAGGAAGGUAAGGGUUCUGUGCUCCGGCACAUCCCCCUGUGCAAACUGCCAAACCUUCAAAAGAGUCUGCAUCUUCGACGAAUCCCUCGACCAACGCCGCCGCGUCGCCGCAAAAAGAACAGCAGACGAGCUCUCCUACCAUCGCGACCUCCUCUCAGACCUGUUCAAGCUCGUCCGUGAAGCAAACGAGCCAGACGCACUGCAUCUCCUAACGAUAAUUCGCCACAAUGCCCCAGCCGAUGAAAUCCGCGCAUACAUAAAUGAAACGCUAGCCUCCCUCACAUCAUCAACAUCUGAUUCGACAUCCACGGCGCACAAGCAGGAAACUGUCGCUAAGCUAGAAGAUAUGCGGCAGCUUAUCAAUGUCGAGGGUACGGGUCCUACUUUCAGAAGGAAGGUCAUGGAUAUACAUUAUCUUUGUGAUUCCGCGCCUUGUGAGGUUCCUGCCGCGCCGUGGACGAGGGUUACCGCAGAUGCGGAUUUGGUGUCGCAUCUGGUUUCAUUGUAUUUUGCGUGGGAUUGGCCGUUUACUGCCGUUUUGGAUAAGGAGGUUUUUGUUAGGCAUAUGGCCAGGGGUGUGCUUGGCUCGGGGUUUUGUAGCCCGUUUUUGGUUAAUGCGGUGCUCAGUAAUGCUUGUUACUUCUCCGAGUUCUCCGAGGCUUAUGUUGUUCCUGGUGAUAUCUCUUCGAAAGGGUGUGAUUUCCUUGCUGAGGCAGAGAGGUUGAGCGGCGAGGAGAGUUCGCAGCCUAGUUUGGCCGGUUUGCAGGGGACAUUGCUGAUGUAUGAGAGAUAUUCAAUGUCCCGCGAAGACGAUCUGGGCUAUAUAAUGUUGCACCAGGCUAUCCGAAUGGGUGAGGCAUUAGGUCUGGUCGGUAGCACAGGACCCAGAAUGGCUUCGGGCGAGUUAUCCCAGGAUAUGGAUAUCUCAUGCAAGCGCACAGCCUGGGGGCUGUUUAACGUCGACACAAUGGUCCACACAUCCUUCCUCCGUCCAAGUCUUAUCGACCACGUCAACAUGGCCCGUCUUGAUAUCAACCAGUCCGAAGACCAAACCCUCUGGCAGCCAUACCCAACCCACCGCGACCCGCGCCCGUCCUUCUUCAGUCAGUACUUCGACGAAGCAUGCAACCUGUCAACAAUCGCACGCGAUAUCUCCCGCAGCAUGUUCGCAGACCACAGGAGUAACACCGCCCUCGGCCCCAUUCACCGCCAGAGCCGCGAGGACCUAUACGACCGUAUCCGUCGCUGGCACGAGCUUCUCCCGGAGGACUUUGAUGUGCGUCUUCCGUGCGAAACCGAAAACAAGAUACUCAUCCCAAACAGAAUGCGCUACAACGCCCUCAUCAUAAACCUCUUCAGUUGCAUCUCCGAAGACGAAGUCCCACCCAUACCCUUCGAGCCCAAAACACCCGAAAGCCCGCCGCGCCACACCCCAGAGACAAAAUACAACCCACGCGAAGUAACGCAGAGGGCGGCACGCGACAUCGCAGCCCUAACACGUCUCCACAGACGCGAGUUCGGGGUUAGUCGCGCGCACCAGUUUGCCAUGUAUGCGAUUAACCUAGCUCUGUUCACGAUGCUCGAAGAAGACUCGUUCGAUGUGCUCGAUGAGGAUUUCCUCACUCUUGCGAGUGCGUUCUCUAUUGUCGCGAGUCGGUCCGCGCUGGGGAGGAAUCUAUUUCAUAUUUUCCGGCAGUCAGUUCGGGCGAAGGCGCAGGGGCAUCGGAUUCGAGAGGCGAGUUCUGUGCCUGAUGAAUUGAAGGAUUUGGUUGAUGAGGCUUCGAAGGAGAGGGGGUGUAGUCGGUUUGAUGAGUAUGCUGAUGGGCUUGAGAAGUUGAAUCAGAAGGAUAAGUAUCAUGGGAUUGGGGAGGGAGAUGGGAAGGGGUUACAGGAUUAUCCUGGACUUGGACUUUCGGAUAUGUUGGAUCGGUAUGAGAGUCUUAGUCUGGGGAAGGAUGAUGUUUUGGUGGAAAGGUAUCGACCGGCUGGAUGUUGA